AUGAAGGCCCCUGGUGGCGGCUGCAUCGUCAUGAAGGCUCCUGGCGGUGGUUGUGUUGUCAUGAAGGCUCCUGGUGGCGGCUGCGUCGUCAUGAAGGCUGCUGAGUUCUAA